GCCUGUGCAGUGUGUCCGCUGUCUGUUCACACAUACAGAAUUGUAGGAUCCCCGUGUACGCUGUGCGCGCUCCUUUCGUGCCCCACCCUGUAUCAACAGUCAUUUCCAACUGCCUUGCUGAGCGCCAGCGUUGGAAAAUAGGAAGUGGCCGCUGUCCGACCAGUCAGGCUUCGAGUUCUCUCACACGCUCCAUUUCCUUUCCCCAAAGGCGGGGGGAAAAUUCUCUGAGGGAGUUUCUGAAGGUGGGAGGUGAGGAAGAAGCAACCCUCAAAAUCCAGCUUUGUUCUAGGGACAAAAAGGAAACUAGAGAAUGAAGAAAGUGGUUUCAACCUUACAGGAAUUCUCAGACCAUGACAUGGUGCACUUCUUCAUAAGACCCCAGAUAAUUACUAGGAUAUUAGCAGGGGUUUUCUCUCUGAUUAUCUUUGCCUCCUUGGUGACUGAAGGGUAUCAGAACCUGACAACUACUUCGCAACUACACUGUAUUUUGAAUGAUAACGGGGCAGCCUGCUGCUAUGGCAUCACAGUGGGUGUACUCGCUUUCCUGCAGUGUCUCCUCUUUUUGGGCUUCGAUGUCUUUGAUACUUCCAUUACUGCUCACAAGUUCAAGUACGCCAUCCUUGUAUUGGAUGUCACCUUCUCCAUCAUCUGGACAUGCCUGUGGUUUGUUGGGUUCUGUUUCCUAGCCAAUCAGUGGAACCGCUCGACCAACCACUACCUGCUGGGAACUAGUGCUGCACGGGCCAGCAUUGCCUUUGCCAUCCUCUCCGUUCCAUGCUGGGUAUACCUGGCCUAUCGGGCUCUGAAAAAUCUGUGGGCUGAGCCACCUGUUCCUUACAAGCGGACUUUGGAUGAAGGAUCUGUUGCAUUAACUACCCUUUCAUCUUCCACCACCACCUCCCUUCCCAACAAUAUGGGGUACCCUGAAAAUGUGGGUGUAACCUCCUACCCAUCCACUCCUGUACCCCACCGGCUAACAUUAAUGAAUACUGAUGACUAGGCAAUUAUUUAUUUCUGUAGUUAAUAAAAAUGGAGGGUGGAAAGAGAA